CUCGUCUGUCACUGUCUUUACACUAAAAACGGUCUGACCAUAACUUUACCAAAACAGAGUUUGAUAGACGUUUUUUAUUAUUUUGUUUUAUUAUUUAUUUCAUAUUCUCACAGAAAUCAUGUUAGGUAUUUUUAUGUAUAUAUUUGAAAUAAAAAAAGAGUUGCUAGUUGGAUUUUCUUUAUCAAUACUGUAUAUAACCUAUUACUUAGUGGAAGUGGUCAAGAAACCUAUAUUGAUAUGUCGUGAAGGUGAAUUCCGCCAGUUUUUGGAAGAAAAUGUGCCUCUUCUAAGCGAGCACUAUUGGCCCACGCCGUGGUGCGUGGAGUCGCGACUGCAGACUGUCCUCGGCUCCGUAUUAAGAUCUCGUCUUUUGCCGCCCGUCAAAUAUCGUCGGCAGGUGGUGCGGCUGUCGGACGGCGGGCAGGUGGCACUGGACUGGGUGGAGAGCGCGGGGCCGGCGCGGGCCGUGCUGCUGGUGCUGCCGGGGCUGACGGGCUGCGCCGACGCCGACUACGUGCGCUGCCUGGCCGCCGCCGCCGCCCGCCUGCGCGCGCGCUGCGUGGUGUUCAACAACCGCGGGCUCGGCGGCCUGCCGCUCACCACGCCGCGCCUCUACUGCGCCGUCAGCCACUCCGACCUGGCCGAGGCCGUGCGGGCCGUGCGCGCCGCCUGCGGCGACGUGCCGCUGCUGGCGGCCGGCGUGUCGCUGGGCGGGCUCAUCCUGGGCCACUACCUGGCCGAGCACGGCGCGGGCGCGGGCGUGCACGCGGCGCUGGCGGUGUCGUCGCCGCUGGACGUGGUGAAGGGCUCGGAGUGCAUGGAGCGCGCGCCGCUGAACGCGCUGCUGUCGUACCACAUGGCGCGCAACCUGCGCCGCACGCUGCGGGCUCACGAGCCGCUCCGCGCCGGCCCGUGCGACUGGCGCGGCGUGGAGCGCGCGCGCUCCGUGCGCGAGUUCGACGCCGCCUUCACCACCAAGCACUUCGGCUUCGGCUCGGUGGACGCGUACUACGCGGCGGCGUCGCUGCGCGACAAGCUGGCGGCCGUGCGCGUGCCGCUGCUGUGCCUGUGCGCGGCCGACGACCCGUUCCAGCCGCUGGGCGCCAUGCCGCUGGAGGAGGCGCGCGAGGCGGAGCGCGUGGCGCUGCUGGUGACGGCGCGGGGCGGGCACAUCGGCUUCCUGGAGGGCUGGUGGCCGGCGCGGGCGGCGCGGGACCAGUACAUCGCGCGGCUGGCCACGCAGUACUUCGCGGCGCUGCUGGCGCGCGCGGACCUGCUGCACGCGGCGCCCGACUGCUGACCGCGGUGACGUCACGCGCCGCGGUCCCGUCAUGCGCCGCGGUGACGUCACGUGCCGCGGUGACGUCACGCGCCGCUGUGACGUCACGCUCUGCGCGCCUUAAGCUUUGCAUUCAUAUUUUUCUAACAAAGACUAACUUUGUUAAGACACGCAAGUAUUGUGUAAAAGCUAAGCUUUUUACACUAACGGCUACAUAUCGUAAGUUAUUUUUAGUACACUGUGAUUUAAAUAUUGAAUAGUGCUAUUUUUAGUUUAAUAUAGUUCUACUGUAUUGUUAAGGUUGCAUAAUAUAAUUACUAACAACGAUAAUAGCACGCGUUGUAAUUUUGUAAUGUUAUCUAAUUUUACACAUGAAUUAGGUGAAUCUAUUUCGUGUAUGUGGGCCUUAAUAGUUGUUAGUUCAUCCGUCGCGAGACUUGCGCACCAGAUAUAUAAUUAUAUAGUAUUAUUAUACACGUUACAUUUGUUGCAUUUCAGAUAAUUUAUUAUUAUAUUACCUAUAAUUUUAA